AUGGCAACAACCACCACCACCACUCAACAAAUUCGUCUAUCAGGAGAAAAUCUGGGCCUUGGUCGCAUUUCAAAAAACCCAGCUGGCUCUAUUGAGACAGCUAAUUCGUUAUUGCAGAAGAAUCACGAUAUAUACCACAUCUUUUGGAGAGAUGUAGGCGGGCAUAAUCACAUUGCACAUUCUGUGCUCAGUAUUCUAGCCCUUGGUGGUAGCCCUUCUGAUUUGCAGCGAGCAUAUGACGAUGGCGCCGAAAUUCAACGUCCAAUUCCUCCUGUGAACCUUGAUAUUGUUAAGGGGCUUGCUGAUCCUGUAUUUUUCCGCAAACAUAUUGGAGAUAUCGAUCAGUACACCAAUUUUCUUGUCUUUUUUGAGCAGGAAAUUGCUGUCAAGGGCAGGGAACAAGUUCUUCAAGAAUACGUUUUUGGUCGUGCUCCAAAUGCCGAGACUAUAUUUGCCCAGCUUUAUGAGGGUGCCUAUCAUCCUAUUAUACAUCUUGGUUUCGGCGUCGAAUUUGAGUUGCCCACCAUCAUUGCCGAGGGUCUGGCACAGGCUGCAGUGCACGACUCUGCCGGGCUUGAGGCCUUUUUCAAUGAAACCGAGGAGUUGGCUGCUGCUGCCGUGGCUUCUGGACUAGACCGCAAACCUUUAAAUACUUUGUAUGAUGAAGUCCGUGUAAACGACAAGAUUCGGACUGCAGCCCGUCUUCAAGAUGGUCCAGUACGAGUUCGGGACGGCGUCCUUGGACGGGCGGGUAAAGAAAUAGCAGCCCUCGCAUCACAAUACCGCAUCAAACCCACAGAACUCGAACGAGCAACUGCGGAGAUGAUCAAUCUCAGUGCGUACUCCGCUGGAGCAGCUCAAAGACCGGGAAAGAAACGGAAGAUCGAUUUCUUCCACAUGCACAAUGUCAAUUGCUCGAUUUUUUUUACUGCAUUUAACAACCAAUCAUGGAUUAGUCUGGAAGAUAAGGUCCGUUUAGUUGAACGUAAGGCGCGCCUUGAUCUUGUCUGGUAUGCCGCUAGUGCCGCAGCGGAACUUCAUCUUGAGGCUAUCGUGAAUUAUAAGCCCACUUUCAGUGCAGGUCUGGACUGGAAGGGACUUUAUGACGCAGUGAACAAAACUCAUGACGACGGUCAUGUGGCAAAGUUCGUGCGGGCCAUCAAGAAUGGAGAGGAAGUGUCUAAACCAUUCGAGGAAGGUGAGGGAUCAGAUCACUUGCCUGUCAAGGGAGAGUCAUGGUUUAAACUUGCUCAGAUGGCUUAUGACACUACUUAUAAUCAAGAAGUAGAUGAUAAGUGGAUCUGGGGUGUUGGUUACGAUCCUCUCUGGGCUAAGAUCCCAGCACUUGAGGAAUGA